CUGCGCCCGCCGCCUGCGCGCCUGCGCGCUCCCGCCCCCUGCCGGCGGCGCCUGCGCGAUGGCGGGCGGGCGCUGAGGGGAGCUCAAGGAGAGCGGCGGCGCCAUGCCCGGCUCCCUGCAGGUGCCCUCCCUGGAGGAGCUCGACGUGCAGGAGGUGCGAGUCAGCUCGGCCGUUCUGAAGGCCGCGGCCCACCACUACGGCGCGCAGUGCGACCGCCCCAACAAGGAGUUCAUGCUAUGCCGCUGGGAGGAGAAGGACCCGCGGAGGUGCCUGCGGGAGGGCCGCCAGGUCAACCAGUGCGCCCUCGACUUCUUCAGGAAGGUUAAGAUGCACUGUGCAGAGCCAUUUACUGAGUACUGGACGUGCAUUGACUACACCAACUUACAGGAGCUCCGCCGAUGCAGAAAGCAGCAGGCAGUAUUUGAUAACUGUGUGCUGGAGAAGUUGGGUUGGGUGAGACCUGAUCUGGGAGAGCUCUCUAAGGUUACGAAAGUGAAGACAGACCGUCCUAUACCUGAGAAUCCCUAUCACUCUAGACCUAGACCAGAGCCAAAUCCACCCAUUGAAGGAGAGCUGAAGCCUUCUCAAUUUGGCAGUAGGCUCUUUUUCUGGUCCUGGUAAAGUGGGCAGACUGCUGUGACUGAAGUGGAAAGAUACAUUGAAUGUACAUUGUCCAGUGCGCACUGGACAUAACUUUAAUCAUUAAAGACCCCCAAAAUGUUA